GCCCCUCCCUUUGCGUCCUUUGGGAAAAACAUUGUAUAGCAACACUUGAUGGGUGUUGCCCGUAGGAAUUUUUUGUUUAAAGACACACAAAAUGUGUAAAUUAAAACUCGUUCAUGUGUCACUGGGCCUGCUAGCAUUUGCCCUAGUUUCUAUUCAAUCAAGUGAUGCUGCUUGCCACAUCCCAAUUAUUAUCAGAGGAUCAUGGUUUUCUUGGGAAAACAGACCUGUCCUCACUGAAAUCAAUGCUGAUUCGAUGACGGAUAGGGGCUACUGUGUUGACGUUCGUGAAGAUUAUCACGUCAAUUACACAUUUGUAUUUCAGAAGGAGUCAUGUUUUCACUGUGUCAAACUGAUUGUGAGAACUGUCAAUGUCAUAGAUAAACUGGAAACAGGCUGUGUAAAUCUGCCCCCAGACACUGCCCCGACUCUUGACAGAGUGUGUAGUAGACUGAAUGAAGACCAGCAGCUCAUCACCCUCUUCUCUGAAAAUCCUAUACCUGUGAAUUGUCGUUCCAGUUUAGAAGGGGUCUGGCAGUUUGCUUACCAGAAUCGUUUCAGAUUUACUGGUGAAUGUAACAACCCAGCAGCUCAAAUCAAGUCCUGCCAGACUGCUGGUACACAGUUCUUGAUUACAAACCAAAAAUUCAAUAUUACUUAUAAACGGUGUGAUGGCAUGACUGGAACGUUUGAUGGAGUGGUUGAAUACAGUUGCCUUGGAGAUUGGUUUGUUGGAAAGAAUCAUUAUUUUGCUGUUGUCAAUACCAAGGAAUCUCGGAAGGAUGAAAAGUAUCGUUGCUUCCUUAAAAACAGAGAUGACGAUCUGUACAUUGGUGUUUCCAUUACUGCAGAAUGCAGUACCCUGAAAACAGUAGAAAAAAGCCCUGAGAGAAUGCGAGUAACUCCAGUGAAAGCAGAGGUUGUAGAACCUGGAUGCCGCUUGCCGCAAAACUUUUCUGGCGACUGGAUUAAUACUGCCAAUAUAGAUGCAGACGUUUUUAUCAAUGACACACACAUCAUUGAAACUUACCAUCCUGAUGAGGGACGAUACCGUCGCAGUAUCUAUGUCUGCCGUGAGACGAGAGACUCUCGAUAUAUGAUGGCUAGGCUUACAGUUGAUGGUUGCCAGAAAGAUUACAUUUGCUUUGACUUUGUUCCUCGGCACCACAAUGUUAUUCGUUACCGCAAAGGCAUAGCUGUUAUAAAGGACGCUUUCUCUAAUGUGUGUUCAUGGGUACAGUUCAAAAAUAAUGUUGCCUGGAAGUAUGAACUGUUUUUAGCUAAAAAUCCUAUUCCUGUACGUUGUCCUGUUGCUGGAAAGUUCAAUUUCACACAGAGAGGAGAUCAACCAUUUGAAACACGUAUUCUUGGAGGAGUUACUUUGUCUCCUCGCCCCACUUUGCAUUGCAAACAGAACAUUUCUGAUUUGUCAGUAUGUGAUACUGAUCAAAAAGAAAUUCUGAUUGAUGAAACCUACUGUCUUUCUGUGGACCACAGAGGACAACCCAAGGAUAUUUACAGUGACCCUGAUUACAAGAUGAAAUGCAUUGGCUAUUGGAAGGAAAAUCUUAAAUCAUAUUUAAUUACCUAUGAUGAACUAGAUCCCUUCAGUAAAUACAGAUGCUGGGUCUACCAACGUGCUGAUCUGAAUCGGAUACUGAUGUCUCAAGCUAUUGGUGCAUUCUGUGAUUUAAAGCAAGAUGUCACCAGUUGGAACUACACUGAAGGUGCUACUGUGGCCCUUGAUAUGGUUGAAUAUGAGAGAGAGCGUGAUCGAUGCCCCAUGUUCUUUGAUGAUGGUGAAAAUCCGUGGUUAAAGACUGAAAACAAUGUUAAAGUUUUCCAUUUUGGUACAGGCUUCUUAAAUUCUGAUGCAGUACACUUAAGAGUCAGUGGUUUUGUAAUAGCCUUGUGCCUAGCUAGUAUUUUUGCACUUUAAUGGCAUUUGAAAUGACUUAUAGUAUUUUGUCUCAUUCUCAGUUUGAAUCCGAGCCCCAUUUGCUAGUUUUGUAAAUUUUACAUUCCCAUGCCAUAUUUUUAUUUCAUGGCAAAAUUGACUUAACAUGCCUAAUGAAUGAAUGAAUGAAUGAUCAAUACUUCAACUUCCACCAUUUAGAAAUAUAUCAUGUCAUGUUUUAUGAGCGCACACAUUUAAAUUCCCCUUUGAGUGGAAACAGUUGUAUCAAUGUUAAUGAUUAUCAUAUCACAGCUUAGACUUCUUGUGUUCAGUGCUGCAUAAUUCAAUUUGUAGGUGAUUUUGACGUUGAUAGUCUUAGGUUAAGUAAGUAAUGUGCCGGUUCAGUCUUCAAACUGCAAGACAUGGCCCACAAGGAAAUUAUUUUUUUAUAGGUGUACAGUAUUUAACAUUAGUCUGCUGGUUGCCCCUGUGGUUAGGUUUACAAACUUCCACUGGUCCAAUUGGUUGAUCUCUGCCUUGAAAAAGUGAGAUUAAGGAAGGUUUAUUUAACCCUCUGUAUCUAUCUGUUUCCGUCCAGAAUAUGUAAAGUAAUUGUGACAUGUUAUACUUGACAAGCUCCGAAUAUAUUUACGUAAAUGUUACAAUUUUUAUCUUAAGGAUCUAGUUUAAUAAUUUUUUAUAUUCAUGUUUCAUACACCUCAGUGCCUUUUCACUAUUUUUAAAUUUGUUUUUCUUUCUAAGACAAUUGUUGUUUUUGGAACCUGUGCUUUUGGUAACUAAUUCUGUAUGAUGAGCAUUGAAUGUGUUUUCUCAGUAUGGCAUGCAGCCAUGAUGAAACUGCAUUCGCAUUUACCAAGCUAGUAUUGUUUUAUUUUUAGAACUGUUUACUCUUAUUGUUGACUUACGAGAACUAACUCACACAACAGUUUUUUAACAAUUGUUAUAUUAUGUGAUAAGGCUGAACAGUAGAUGUUAGUUCAACAUGUGUCCACAUUACCAUUUUGUAGUGAUCUGAUGAUGCCAUUCAUACAUGUGGAUCUGAUUUGUGUAUGCAUUUGCUUUUGUUAUGUUACGUGUUUUCUACUGUAAAAUUGAUCUGAAUACUAGCGUUCUUUUUUUGUAGUUUUAUUGCCUCCGUCCAGAAUUUGAACGUCCUCAAACUCAAACCUGAACAAAUUUUAUGUACUAAAUUGAAGUUUUGAAUAAAUAUUUUAUUCUUA